AUGCAAUUUUAUCAACAAUACGUCUCUGUUGGAAGUACAGAAAAUGUUCAAACUAGAGUAAAAGUUUUAAAACGAUUAGUGGCUAGUCUUCCUGACACAAACAAAUAUACUUUAUGGUAUCUUUGUGACUUCCUUGUAGAUGUAUUAAAUCAUCAAUCAGUAAAUCAAAUGGGAGCUUCUAACUUAUCAAUUUGUUUUGCACCUUCUGUUAUUACUUCACCCGAUAUUAAUCCAACAUUAGAAAUAGAAAAUUCAGCAAAAAUUCGUGUUGUUUUUGAAACAUUUUUAGAACAGUUUAAUUCCAUCUUUGGAGAUAUUGCAACAGAAAAUAGAAAAAUGGGAAUGGUUUCUCCUCCUUAUCCUGCUGUUACUCCUACUGCUGCAGUGUCUGAUGCUAUUGUAGCAGAACAAGUUGCUCAAGAAUCUAAUAGAAGAAAAACUUUAAGUUUUAAGGGUAAAAUAUUUUCGAGUACAUCAAGUAAUGAUGAGAAGAAAAAUGAACCUUCUAAAUCAUUUUUAGGAAGAAAAACUCAUAUGUCUCAAGAAAAUUCUUUCUCAGGUCAUACAAAUACAGUCUCAUCUUCUUCUCAAACACCUACAACUCUAUCUUCAACUCAAAGUUCUAAUAACACUUCUAGUAUUGAAUUUACUCAACAAACCUUAGGAUAUCAAACCAUUAAUGAAAAAGAAAAGAUUGCUUCAUUAGAAGAAAAAAUAGCUUAUCUAAUGAGCAAGUAUGAGGAACAACAAUCAACAAUCCAACAACUUAAUCAACGCGUUGUGUUUUUAGAGCAUCAAGUAGCACUAAAAGACUCUUCAACAAAGACUAAUGAUGAACAACAAUUCGGUUUAUCACCACCUAAAGUUAAAGUUGACUUUUUGGCUAUGAGAAAAACAAUGAACAAACCAAUUCGUCAAGAAAAUAUUGCUUCAAGUGCACCUCCUUCAGACAAUCCUAUCCUUCAACACACCCUUGAAUCAAAUCAUCAAUACCCAGAUGAUAUAAAUAUUCAACAAGAAUAUUUUAGGGAAGAUACUCAGUCUCACAAACAAGAAAUACCUGAACAACCUCCUCAACUUCCUCCCCCAAGAAGGGGUACUUCACCCGCAAAUAGAUCUUUAAAUCCAUCUUUAUCUACUAAUGAUUCAGUGAGGAGAGGUGGUUUUAAAUCAAAUUCAUUAAGCAAUUAUGAGCAACCAACGGUUAGCGGUUCAACCCCUACACUAAACUCAGGGCUUAAAGGAAGAGGCACAUUCAGAGGAGGAUAUCAUUAA